GAGACGGUUUGGUCGUCAGCGAAGUUUAGUACUUGCAAAAAAAGAUUAUACAAAAAAAAAUUGCAAGAGAAUUAUGUUUUGAAAGUAUAGGUUUUUAAAUCUAUUUUAAUCCAAAAUAACUACGUUCAUUUAUCUAUCUAUAGAAUAUAGCUUAUGUAUAUAUGAUUAAAAUCAAAUUAGCCGCCAAAAUAAUAUAUGAUAUUGUACUGUUUCUAUAAAAGUAUGCAAGCAGGAAACUUUUUCCCUCUCUGUUUUAUCGAUCUCGUUAUACAUACAUAUAGAAAAUCGCUUUAUUGGAAUGUGAUAACACACAUGAGGUCUUUCCACUUAUUAAAUUUCUUUCUUUCGUUAUUCAGGUGUCUACGAAAACAUAAGUAUAGAAUACGUUUGUAGCCAUGUUGUGGUUUAUUAAUUUCUAUUAAAUUUUGAAAAUAGGUCGAGGAAAGACUCUAAAUAAAAGUGAAAUCGACAGAAUUUUAGUAUUACGAUUAAAGAAUUACCCUAUCUUAAAAAUAGUAAAACUAUUCAGUAGAAGUCGUAAUGCAAUACUUAAUUUAUUAAAGGAUUCUAAAAAUUAUGGAAAAAAAAGACCAUUGUAUAACAAGUUUUGACAGAACGACAAAAAAGAGCUUCUUUACGGAAAGCUUCUAAUUCCAAAGAAACUGCAGGAGAAAUUGCUAAAGAAGCAAGUAUUGUAACAUAAAAAAUGUCCAACAUAUCUUGUAAACAUUGGAAACUAAAGAAACGCGCACCAUUAACAUCAUAUGUACAGCAGAGGACAAUGCUUAAUGUUCGCAAAAAAUCAUUGGAAACAACAUUGGAGAAAAGUUAUUUUUAGUGAUAAGAAAAAAUUUAAUUUAGAUGGUUCAGAUGGAUGGCAUUAUUAUUUCCAUGAUCUUCGAAACAGGAACUUAUUUUAAGACAUCGAUAAAUGGAAGGAGGAAUUGUAAUGACUAAAAACAAAGCAUCUGUGGAAAUUUAAAUCAUAGCAGUACAACUAUUAAAAGAAGCAAAGGAAAGAGAAAAAGAGAGAGAUCAAGAAAUUUUACCUCUUAUAAGAAUAACAUUAAAAUCUUUAUUCUAUAAUGUUAAACCUAUCUAGAAUUUUAUUUAAAGAACAAUUCAUUUAUAAAUAUUCCUUCUCAGCCACGAAAUAUCUCAGAUUUCCAUGAAUGGGUUGAUUAUCAAUAUUGGAAAUGAAAAACGUAUGAAGACACAUAGGAAUCAUAUAUUGGAUUGAAGAAAAAGUUUCUUCGUAUUUUCAUGGCAGAUGACAUUACAGUCAUAUAAUUUCAGUAAUUGCGUGCGUUUGUAAGGUGACAUUACUAAGUAUUUUUAGAAAGAUUAUGAUAUAUUUGUUUAUUUAUUUAAAAGUUAUUACGUUUUGAAAAUGAGUGAAAAAGAAGAAAUUCGACAUGUUUUGAAAUUCUUUUACAAAAAAGGGACGAAUGCGACUCAGGCUGCUAAAAAAAUUUGUGAUGUAUACGGUCUUGAUGCAGUAUCAGUACGUGUGGCACAAAUCUGGUUCAAGCGGUUUCAAUCUGGAAAAUUUGAUAUAAGUGAUGCACCUCGCUCUGGUCGGCCAAUGACUGAAAAAGUCGAUGAAAUCAUGAAAAAAAUUGAGCAAGACCGACACAUUAGCAGUCAUCAUGUCGCUAAGGAGCUAAACAUCGACCAUAAAACAGUUUUAAACCAUUUGAAAAAGGCUGGAUACAAAAAAAAACUCGAUGUUUGGGUGCCACAUGAUUUAACAAUGAAAAAUUUAAUGAAUCGAAUUUCCAUCUGUGAAUCUUUGUUAAAACGGAACCAAAUCGAACCAUUUUUGAAGCGACUCAUUACGGGCGAUGAAAAAUGGAUCAUGUACAACAACGAUGUACGGAAAACAUCAUGGUCAAAGCAAGGAUUGGCGUUAAACAAAGUGAUGCUAUGUGUGUGGUGGGAUUGUAAAGGAAUUGUUCACUAUGAGUUGCUGCCUCCCGGUCAAACGAUUGAUUCUAAUCUCUACUGUCAACAACUGGAAAGAUUACGUCAAGCAAUCGAAGUAAAACGACCAGAAUUAAUCAAUAAUAAAGAUGUCAUCUUCCAUCAUGACAAUGCCAGGCCCUACACAUCAUUGAUGACUUAUCAAAAAUUGAGAGAACUUGGCUGGGAAGUUUUAAUGCAUCCACCGUAUAGUCCUGACCUUGCACCGUCAGACUACCAUUUGUUUCGGUCUUUGCAGAAUUCCCUUAAUAAUGCAAAGCUGGCUUCAAAAGAGGCCUGUGAAAAUUACUUGUCAAAGUUUUUUGUGGAGAAAAAAAAGAAAUUCUACAAUGACGGGAUUAUGAUUUUACCUCAAAAAUGGCAAAAAGUAAUUGAUCAAAAUGGCAUGUAUUUGGUGUAAUAAACUUUGUUUGAAAUAUAAGAAGCUAUUAAUUAUAACUAAUUGCAUAAAAUAUGCUCAGUAGACAAAUUGAUUACAAGAAACAAGUAGAGAGACCAAGAUACUUAAUCAUUUAUGUUGGAAAGACAUGUCAUGUAUGUCAAGAUAUUUUUGUUUAAAAAUUGCCAACGACAUAUUAUACAUGUCGGUAUGCAGUUGUUGCAAUAAUAAAAAUGACAUGUACGAUACAUCGACUGGAAUCGUUAUCGAAGUACAAUUUCGGAGUGCACUCCGUUACGUGGAGUAAUCGAUAUAAUAUCCCAUAAAAACGUAUUUCAAAAUUCUUACAAUUCGCAAUACAUUUUCUUAUAUACCAGUCAAAUCAAAUAAUACAUUUGUUUUAUUUUAGUAAUUUCAACCCAUAUUGUAAAACAGAGAGCGACAGUAAACUUAGUGAUAUUAUUUCGAUAAAUAUAAAGGAAAUAACUAAUUAAAAUAGAUAGUAAAGAAAGAUAGUGAUAGUGAUUAUGAUUGCGAAAAAAUUGUUUUUCCACUUUGGAAGUGAUGUUGAAUCACUUUUUAUGACGAAAAUAGAAUAGAAUCAUAUCUGAAAUAUGUGAAAAAUUGUGAAAUUAAUCUAAGGGAUGGAUAUGGAAAGACAUUGGAAAUGAAAGUAAAAUAUGACAAUAUUCAUGAAUUACAAGUGACGCUUCAUGGGGAGUUGCAGUGUAGCGUUUUGACACGUACAUCUAUGAAUUAAUCGCCAGUGCAAGUGGUUAAAGUAGAAGAAAUUUUUAAUUUUGUAGUAUUAAUUGUAUUAACUCUUUGUGAUUGAACCAUAGGAUGUUCCCAGCAAGGCUGCUUUACUGUUGCUGUCAUAUCAGAUAUUUCUGACACGAGUAUGUGACGGUAAUUUAGGCAGUGAAACAUAACACUGUUUAUCUUAACAUACUCUUCACUCAUCUAUAAAAACUUUGUUUUGUCUGAAGGAACAGUCAUUAUUUCAGCCAGUUCAAAUCAUUGCACAAGCAGCAGAUUCAGUAUUACUGAAAUUUACUAUCUUUUAUUUUUUUAGUAUUUAUUGUUAUAUCUUAUAUAUAUAUCUUAUUUUUUACAUUUGUAAAAAUUAUGCUCUAAAAUAUCUAAAAUGAGAUGCAAGCCUAGUAAUUAUAAAGAUAUGCAAAACAGUGAUGAUGAAUUUUAUAUAGAUUAUCAUGGUGAGUCCAAUGAUGGUGACUUCAAUGAUAAUUCAGAUAGUGAUAGCGAUAUUAUAAUGCUUAGAAGAAAACAUAUAAUGCAAUUACAUUUAACUCACAAUGAUAUUGAAGUAACAUUAAGAAGUAAUAUUCCAAAUGAGAAUCAUAUAUACCAAGAUGUUACACACGAAAAUAUCGAUUUAUUAAAAAUAGAUUUUUCAGCAGAAUCUAGGAGUCCAAAUGCACAAGUUCCUGUAAUAUGCACAGAGUCAAUCUUUUUCAUCAGAUUUUUUUACUGAUGAGUUGCUUCAAAAUAUUGUAAAGAAAAUAAAUCGGUAUGCCAGGACAACAAUUGUAGACAAAGUAUUAUCACGUCGGUUGAUAUGGGAUAAUUGGGUAGAUGUGCUAGUGUCAGAAUACAACCAUUUGUAAGUGUAAUACUCAACAUGGGUAUUAAAAAAUUGUCAGAUAUGAAAGUCUUCUGAUUGCAUCAACAUAACUCAAAAAUAUAAUUUUUUUGAACAUAUUUUGGAGAAAAAUGUUUUUCCAAAUUUAUUGGAUGUUACAUUUAAAUAUAAAUACUUCAAAUGAUAGAAGCAUUAGAAUAAGAAUUAAAAAAUACAGCGACUUGUUAAAUUAUAUUGAAGGCUACAUUCAAAGACUAUGUUAUUCCAAAUAAAGAGAUUUCAAUUGAUGAAUCAGUCAUAAAAGUCAAA